CAAACACGAACGCAACUUUUGCCUCAAUCGCAUGGACUCUUUGCCGGAAGAUAGAAGUGUAAACAUUGUUUUGGAUAUAUCUGGGUGAAAUGGAGACCGACAUUCAGAGGUGUUUCAGGAGCAAGACGGUUUUCCUAACAGGAGCCACGGGCUUCUUGGGAAAAGUUGUGAUUGAGAAACUCUUGCGAACCACGGAAGUGAAACGUAUCUAUGUUUUGAUCAGACCCAAGCGUGGAGUUAGGAUUCAGGAGCGGAUUAUCACUUGGUCAAAGGAUGAGGUAUUCGAACCGCUGCUCAAAAAGAAACCAGAGGCCUUUCAAAGGGUUUGGCCCAUCGAAGGAGAUUGUCUCGAAUCGGAUUUGGGAAUUAGUGGAAAGGAUCGAAGGCUCUUGGCCUCCGAGGUACAAGUCGUGAUCCAUGGAGCUGCCACCGUGAGAUUCAAUGAGCCUCUCCAUGUGGCCCUGGCCAUUAAUACAAGGGCCACCAGCUUGAUGAUCAAGUUGGCCAGGGAAAUGAAACAACUGGAGGCCUUCGUUCAUGUCUCCACAUCCUUUUCCAAUUGCAUCAUCUACGAUAUCAAGGAGAAAUUCUACCCCGAGCACCUGAAUUGCAGUUCGGAUAAAGUUCUUUCUUGUGUGGAGCUGCUAAGUGAUGAGAUGCUGGACAGCAUGGAAACUGCUCUAGUUGGAUCCUUUCCUAAUACAUACACUUAUACAAAAGCUCUGGCAGAGGAUUUUAUACGGAGGGAAGCGGCUGAUUUACCCAUUUGUAUCUUUCGACCAGCAGUCAUUAUCGCUGCCCACAAGGAGCCCAUCGUCGGUUGGAUUGACAACUUGUACGGACCAAUGACCAUUCUGUAUGGAGUGGCUCGAGGAAUCCUUCGGAUUGCCACCAUCAAUAGCAAAGCCGAAGCGAGUUUGGUUCCUGUGGAUUACUGCGCCAAUUUGGCCAUAGCCUGCGCUUGGAAAACUAUGAAGGAUAACAGCUUGAAGACUCCCAAGGAGAGUCCUGUCAUCUACCAACUGGCUCCGAAGGAGGAGAACAAGAUUACCCACGGAGAGUUCAUUCGACAUGCACUCGAUGGUCGACUUGAUUGCCCGCUGACGAAUAUGAUUUGGUAUCCCUUCAUUCACUGCAUCACAACCCCUUGGCUUUAUCCCUUCGCUGCCUUUUUCUAUCACACUCUGCCAGCCUACUUCAUUGACCUGGCUCUUUGGCUGAGUGGCAGGAAACCGCAGUUGGUGAAGGUUUACCAGAAGAUACACACGAACCUGAAAGUUCUUGGUCCUUUUGCGUGCAAAAGCUGGCGAUUUGACACUCGAAACACGGAUUACUUGAGGCAAGUUAUGUCCGAGGAGGAUCGCAGGAUAUACUACUUCGACAUGAUGAAUCUGAACUGGAAGGAGUACUUCCUGCAGGCCCUUCGAGGCAUUCGCUACUUUCUGGGCAACGAUCCUCCCACUCCAGAAUCCAUUGCCCAAGGACUGAAGCUAAUCAAGCGCCUCAAGAUGCUCCAUCACAUCCUGCAGGGAUUCCUCCUUUUUGUGGCCGGACUCGCUAUUUGGUGGCUAAUCAAACUCAUCGUGUGAAUCAGCUAUUAAAAACAAUUCUACUUAAAUUCCUAUAGACCUUUCAAUGCGUCACAAAGCAAAUACAUAUACAUAAAUUAGUGUAA